CACAUUGAAAUACAAAAUAUAUAGAUAUUAUGUUAAAAAAGCACAUGUAUUUAUAUAUAAAUGUAUAUGGUUAAUUGUGUAUACGUAGUAUUUUUUUUAAAUCAUAUUUUGGCCAUGAUGACAAUGACGUCUAUGCUACACAAAUUUAGACAUUUAAAUAUGGGUUCUGCUCCCUAUAGUAUUUUAUGGAAAAAAAUGUUUCAUUUUAUUUUUUAAAAGUUAAAUUUUUAAGACAAUUUUGUUUAUGUCAAUGUCGUUACCAAUUGUUUUCAUGGCAUUUUUAUACUAAAUCUUUUAGCCAGUGAUUCCUUUAAAUAUAUUUCCUGUGAGCUGAAAUAGUUGUGUGCUAUAAACCUUGUGUCAUGUAAGUCUGAACUCUGAAGAUUGAAUAAUAAUAAUUCUAGGGGAUACCUACACCUCACACGCUUUACACUCCAUUGUGGUGGUUGUCCUCUUCAUCAUCUGAAUCUCCUCAUGAUCUGCCAAACCAGAUGGGUCGAAACACAAGUUGCAAAUAUUGUAGUAUGCUAAUAUAAUAUUAUGUUUUCUAACACGCAUGCAUAAAAUCAAUAAAUAUUUUAUCCCACUUUAAAUGAGUUAAUAAUAGACACUAUUAUAAACUAUCCACUUGAUGGUUAGUAUCAUCACCUACAUGCAUUUUAGAUAAACAUCAAAAAAUUAUUAAUUGAUGAGGGAUGAGUUGUGAAGCUUGGCUUGUAGGAAGCAUUUACCAAACAAUGCUGUGGUAGCUUCAAGAUUAUAAGGUCAAAGUUUGUGAUAUUUAAAAAGAAAAAUAUUCUUCUUGUCUCCUCAACAAUUUUGCUAUAUAUAGAUAUCAGAUAUUCUGUGUUUAGAACAACAACUUGUGCUAUUGAUGAUCACAUGAAACAAAAAUGGCAAUUUUUGAAACAAACACAAAGAUCUCUCUUCAUCUUCGCAGCAACAGCCUGCCAUCGACGCAACACCCUUUUGGAUUGCAAUGCAAGGAGCAUUGCCGGAGAUUGAAGGACUCUGAGGUCACUUCUUGUUCUUCAUCAUCUUCGAUAAUCAAGAAUCUUGAUAUCUUGCAAGAUCUGCAUGAGUGCAUUAACAAUCUGCUCCAAUUACCAAACUCACAACAGGAUUUGGCAGGAGAAUGCAUCCAUGAACUAUUAGAUGGAUCUCUAAGGCUCUUGGACAUAUUUAGUAUAGUUCAAGAUUGGCUAGUGCAAUCAAGGGAAAGCGUGUGUGAGCUCGAGUCAGUUAUUCGCAGGCGAAGUAAAGCCAAAAAUGGAAUCUCAAUUGAGGUUGGAAAAUACAUUGCAUCAAGGAAACAGAUCAAGAAGGCAAUAAUUCAGAAAGCCUUGACAAACUUGAAAGGAUUCAAGAAGGAUAUUAUGGUUGCUUCUUCCUCAAGCAAAGACAACGCGACUUUAGCCAUCUUAGAAGAAGCAGAAUUAGUCACAUUGAACUCAUUGGAAUCUUUGUUGUUGUUCAUCAAUGGUCCAAAGGAACAAGAAAGUCAGGGAAAGUGGAAAGUGAUGCCCAAAUUGUUGAAGUCUAAUAGAGUUGAAUCAUGUGACACAAAUGAAUUUGAAAAGGUUGAUGCAACUUUGAAGAUUCUCAUGAAUCACAAGCCUUCCUUAAUUGAGAAUCUUCACAGCCACAUGGAAAAUUUAGUGAUGUGCAUUCAGGAUUUAGAAGCAGGCGCGGAACGCCUUUCGAGGCAACUAAUUAGAACUAGAGUUUCCCUUCUCAAUAUCUUCAGUUACUAGUCAUGGAAAAAAACACUAUUUGCUGAUACUUGUACAUAAAUUGUAAAUAAUAGUUUUUUGAUCAUAUGCCACUUCACCUUUCUUA